AUGUUUUGUCCCAAGGAGCUGAGCGUGUUGCUGGUCAGAGAAGAUGAGACAUUGAAGUCUCCCCUGCAGAAACUGCUGUCUGCUUCUUCCACUGAGGAGCUGCUGAAGAGAACUGGAGCCAAAUCUGGAGAUCUGCUGCUGAUGGCAGCCGGUUCCCUCCACACUGUGCGUUCCUUGCUGGGCAGUCUUCGUCUGCAGUGUGCUCAGCUCCUGGAGUCUUAUGGCAUUCCACUCCGAGACCUUUCAGCCUUCCACUUCCUGUGGGUUGUUGACUUCCCUCUUUUUCUCUCUAAAGAAGAUGCGCCGGAGCAGCUGGAGUCAGCCCAUCAUCCAUUCACUGCUCCGCUGCCAGAGGAUACACAGUUACUCUACACAGACCCACACAAGGUACGUGGUCAGCACUAUGACCUGGUGUUGAAUGGCUGUGAGAUUGGAGGAGGAUCCAUCCGUAUCCACAAAGCCUCAGAGCAGCUUCAUGUCCUGAAGAAUAUCCUCAAGGAGGAUCCUAGUCUUCUCUCUCACCUGCUGGAGGCUCUGGACUCAGGAGCUCCACCACAUGGAGGCAUUGCUUUGGGUUUGGACCGGCUUGUCUCCAUCAUGGUUGGGGCCCCCAGCAUCCGUGACGUCAUUGCCUUCCCCAAGUCGUUCCGGGGUCAUGACCUCAUGAGCUGUGCUCCUGACUUGGUGUCUGACGAGGAGCUGAAGUCUUAUCACAUCUCUGUCAGAUGGCCAACAGAGCAAGGAGGAGGUGCGGGGAAGUGAAGACAUGAAACAGGAAGAGGCGAUGCCUUCCCAGAUUCUGUAACCCUGACAACAGAGGAAAAAGGGGAUAAGGACAUGGAGACAGUUAUGAAAAAACUCUGGCAGUUGAUUGGCAGAGACGAGGAGGAAGAGAAAAUGAGGAUGAAGUGAUGCUGUGGCCCAAUCUCAGUAGUGUUAGUUUGAAAUGUAAGAGAAAGGUGUACACGGAGACAGCCACAGGACACAGAAUGAAAACUGACAACACCAAGUUAAACAAAGAAGAAAAGCUUUCUACCAAG